AUGCCAGAGACGUGGACCGCCGAGAAAAGCGAGAAGCUCGUCCUCGCCAUCAUCACUUCCCAAAAAAUCGACACCAAGGCUGCAUCGGCGAAAUGGCAGGAACUCUACGGUGACGCACCGACCAACGGCGCCCUCGACCAGCGCUUCACCAAGCUCCGCAAGGCCCAUGGGGUCAGUAGGACCGGUGGCAAGAAAGCUCCCACCACGCCGUCGAAGCCACGUACGCCUAAGACGCCGAAGGCGGUCAAAACUCCCGGUAGCAACAAACGCAAGGCCGUCGCCAUGAGCGAGGAAGACGACACGGAGCCCGAACUCAACAGCAAGCCUGAGCGCGCCUCUUCCAGGUCUCUUCGUAAGAAGUCCGCCACCCCAAAGUACUCCUUCGGCUCCGACGACGAGGGUGACGACGAAGCUGAGAACCAGACACCGCGUGUCAACGGGCACUCGGAGGCCAAGGCCGAUGAGGUCGGAGGGAGCAUUAAGACGGAGUCGGUGGCGGGUGAUGACAGCGACGUCAGUGAGUUCGGGGAUGCGGCGAUGGAGUUCUAG